AUGGUUUCUUUCAACCCGAAAAGGGACAUCCCGGCCCUCGAUGGAAAGGUCAUCCUGGUGACAGGCGGAAACAUCGGCCUCGGGAAACAGUCCGUACUCGAAUUCUCACGCCACGGUCCCGAACAGGUCUGGCUGGCAGCUCGUAAUCUCGAUAAAGCCAAAGCGGCGGCCGAUGAGAUCAAGCAGCAAGUUCCAGAUGCGCCGAUCAAGCUUCUGGAGUUGGACCUCAGUUCGUUUGAGUCGGUGAAGAGAGCAGCCCAAACAUUUUCGGCAGGAUCGGAUCGUCUGGAUAUUCUCAUGCUCAAUGCCGGCAUCAUGGCUGCGCCGCCAGGGCUCAGCAAGGACGGCUAUGAGAUUCAAUUCGGAACCAAUCAUAUGGGCCAUGCGCUCUUGACCAAGCUAUUGCUGCCUAUAUUGGAACGGACCGCGAGGAGUGGCCCCGACGCCGAUGUGCGAAUCGUGUCACUCUCAUCGCGUGGACAUAUGUUGGCGCCCAAGGGUGGCAUCCAGUUCGACUCGCUCAAGACACGUGCCGACAGUCUUGGGGCGUAUGGACGGUAUGGCCAGAGCAAACUGUCCAAUAUCCUCUUCGCACGGCAGCUGGCCCAGUUGUAUCCGCAAUUCACUGUCUCCGCCAUCCACCCGGGCAUGGUGAGGACGAAUCUCCUGUCGGGUGCGACAGGUUCACCAUUGAUGCAGAUGGUCUUUAACCUUUCGCGCGCAUUGAGGGUCGCUUCUCCCGUUGAAAAGGGAGCUCUCAACCAGCUUUGGGCGUCCGUCUCCAAGGACGUCAAGAGUGGUGAAUAUUACGAGCCGGUGGGCGUUGGUGGUUCGGCGACGGUACAUGGCAAAGACGAUGAUCUGGCGCAGAAACUUUGGGAUUGGACUGAAAAAGAGUUGGCAGAACAUGCUGCUUGA